GUCCACCGCGCGGCGCGCUGGCGUCGCAGGCAGCCAGAAGGCGCGAUCGCGACUGCAGUACGAACGCCCGCACCGCCAGUCCGCUGCUAGCCACGCGGCAGACUAGUCGCAGAGAAGCUACUGCGGUUGCCGGCUAUCUGCGCUUUCGUCGCCUCGCGCAUUCGGGAUGAAGCUGAUGGCGCGACUGCGCGGCCGGCGCGACAGCUCCUCCGGGUCCGGGACGCAGCCCGCCGGCUCGGGCAGGGACAGGUCGCGCUCGCUGUGCGUCGACCGGCUGGCGUCUCUGCUGCGCCCGCCGCCCGUCCUCGUCACCAGGGACGUCAGCCUCCAGCAGGCUCUGCAGCGACGCCGCGCCUCCUCGGCCAUCUCUUCAACCAAUGAUUUGAUCUCACGUCGUGGCGUUUUCAGCCGUCGCCAUUAUGGAUCAGUAGAAUUGCUACCACAGAUUGAAGCCAACGGCCAUGAACUACAAGGAAGACGCUUUCGAGUUGAGAAUGGAGAAUCACUGGGUGAACGUGAAGAAAUGUUCGGUUCACCGAGCACGCCGGUCCUCGAGAACCCAGAGUACCAGACGCGCUGGUACUUCAAGUACUUUCUCGGCAAGCUUCAUCAGAAUUACGUGGGAUCUGACAGCGAGAAGGUGCCGUUCUUCCUCUCUGUGGUGCUUACCGAUGCAAACAACCAAUGCGUCCCACAGUAUCGAGUAAUAUUGUGGCGUAAAACGGGGUCGCAGAAAAUUUCUCUUGCUUACUCACCCAACAAGCCAACAACAGUCAAGCAAAUUCUCUGCAACUUCUCUUGUGUGGAGAAACUGGACAAGGGACCAAGGGAAAUAUUUACACCUGAUUUGCAGAAGGACCUGCUUCUGUUGGAAGAGCAAGAGGGAUCAGUGAACUUCAAAUUUGGCGUCCUUUACACUAAGCCUGGCCAGUCAACUGAUGACGAAAUGCUCAGUAAUGAAUUUGGAAGUGACGAUUUCAACAGAUUCAUUCAUCUUCUCGGAGACCAGGUUCGCCUCCGCGGAUGGGACAAAUAUCGUGGUGGCCUGGAUGUUAAAGGAGACAUGACUGGCAAGUACUCAAUCUACACAAUGUAUGAAGGUCACGAAAUAAUGUUCCACAUUUCAACAAUGCUGCCAUACUCUAAGGAAAACAGGCAACAGGUCGAAAGGAAGAGACACAUUGGAAAUGAUAUAGUUAACAUCGUUUUUCUGGACGGAGGGAGCGGACAUAUGUGUCAUUUCAACCCUUCUUACAUCAAAUCACAAUUUACUCACGUAUUUGCUCUAGUGACAUACAAUUCACUGGAAGACAGUUACCGUCUAGCCAUCUAUUCUGAAGAAUCCGUACCGCUGUUCGGUCCAUCUCUCCCGUGCCCGCCGGUGUUCUACGACCAUGAGGAAUUCAGAGAGUUUCUCCUGGUCAAAUUGAUCAACGGUGAAAAAGCAGCUUUCAACACGCCAACAUUUGCACAGAAACGUGAACGCACACUGGAUAUGCUCAUCAAGGACCUCUACUCGGAACACAUGAUCGAAGGAAGAGGGACAAUGCUGAACAGGAGGGCUUUCAGCGACGUGCUGCCCGACGCACAGAGAGGUUCACGGCGCAAGGAGGAGGCGCGCCAGGUGGAAUUCGUGCGCGCAGGGCAGGCGCUCAAGCUGGACACCAUCAUGCGUGGCGACGCUCCGACCAGCCUCGCCUCAUCCUCCAUGUUCAAACGCCCGCCAUGGGAGCCCGCCUGCUUCUACCCGGACUUCCCGCACGAGACCUUCUGCGGCGACUCCUGGGGAGACAACAAGCUCAUUGCCGCUACCGAGGCUGGAGUCUUCGUCAUUGAAGAAAGCACAUCUCAUCGACUAAUAUUUGACAAGACAGUUCCCGUGAAGCAGCUUAGCGUCAUCGAAGCACAUGGCAUACUCCUUCUCAGAGCUGAAAAAGGUCGUGAAUGCAAGAUCCACGUGUUUCGACUGUCAGACUUCGAUGGCGAAGGUGGCCCUCCUCUACCGGCCAGGAACCGCAAUGAUCUCAAGGACUUCCGCCUGGAACGCACCAGGGGCUGCACUCUGUACGCCACAAGCAAACCAGGAGGAUCACAUCUCCGUGUGGUGGCAGCUCUCCAGAAGAAACUGUUGAUAAUGCAGUGGAGACACUCAGCUGCCUGGACUGCUUGGUGUCCUGCUAGUGACACAGAUACUGUAGAAGGCUUUCAGUAUAUCCGGGAGAUACCAUUAUCAGAACAUCCAUCACUGAUGACAUUUGUGGAUGGUGGCCUAACACCUAGUACUGAAACAAAUAUAUGCUUAGGAUAUCGUCAUCAGUUUGACCUUGUGAAUGAACACUCAGGAGAGUACAAGCACUUACAUACAGUGGAGUCAUCACGGGCACAUCUUGUUGCUGCUAUUGAUCUUUAUGAAGAUGAAGAGCCAGAAUUAUUACUCUGCUACAAUCAUACGUGUCAUUUCCAGAAACUUGUAGCAGGAAAAUCAACAACUGACUAUGAUUUCCGCUGGAAUGCAAUACCAUCUGCAAUAGUCUGUGCUUUUCCUUACAUUUUUGCCUUUACUACUGAUGCAAUGGAAAUCCGACUAAUCAUCAAUGGAAAUUUGGUGCAAACAACUGUUAUGCCAAAACUCCAUUUUAUUUGUGCCAAGAAUGACAUAUACUUUGCAACAACUGCACCUGAGUUCUUUCAUAACAAAGAUGCCCAAGUUCAUGUAGAUGCUCCAGAAAAAGAGGAAACAGAGACAACAGAUGUAAAGGACGGGGAAGAAUCAAAAGAAGCAAAGGAUGGUAAGGAAACCAAUAAUGGAACAGAUCUGACAGAUGUAAGGGAUGUGAAGACUGAGAAGGAUGGUAAAGAUGUAAAAGAUACUAAAGAACCGAAGGAUGGAAAAGAAGUGAAAGAAGUGAAGGAUGGUAAAGAAGUGAAAGAAGUGAAGGAUGGCAAAGAAGUGAAGGAUGGCAAAGAAGUGAAGGAUGGGAAAGAAACGAAAGAUGGCAAAGAUGGAAAGGAAUCAACAGCUACACCUCCAUCAUCACCUCAAACUACAUCACCAGAUGCUAGACCAUUUCGCCUUUUCCGCAUACCAAUGCAGACACUGAGUGGAGCAAUUCCACCCUGUGGGCGACGUUGUCCAACACCAUGUGAUCCAGGAAGUUCUUCAGCUUCCAGUUCUGGAGCCCGGGGUCUUGUAGUUCCUGGUGCUGAAGGGAGCUCUGCACAGAGACAGCCACUGCAAAAUGAGCAUGCUCGUGGCUUGAGCCGCAGCUGCUCAUCCUCGCCCACACCACAUCAGCCAUCCUUCCUUGCACCACCAAAGUGAGGAAUGUUAAAAUAAAAGCCCUAGCUGUCAAAGAGUCAACCAGGUACUCAAUUUCUUCAUAUUUUCUCACUCCUCAUUUCCAAAAAGGAAACCUGCCGUACAUGCAAGAGAUGACUUCUCACUAAAACACAGUUUCUCCACAAAGUUUUACCCAUGAAGGAAACAUAAGAUCAGUCCAAUACAUGUCAAUUUACUUGUGAAAGAUCCACAUUUUAAAAUUUUAAAUGUAUUUUAUAACUUCCUGAUCAUAUAAUUUUUGUCAAUGUCAAGCAAAAUAACAUGAAUGGCAAUUAAAUCAAUAUUUAUUGCCUAUAUCAUCUUCCAGGGCAUUUUAAAAUGCAAAACUGUAUUAUACCAGUCUUUCACACCCUGCUACUUGUUGUGGCAGGUGUACACUAUAUUUCUAAUCCAAAAGAUGCCUAACUUUAUUAAACUUAUAAAUUUGGAGAAACAAGCUGUCAAAAAAUAUUCCAGACUUGGAAACUAUGUUAACAAAUCGUAUUCUAAAUAAAAGUGGGAGCAGUUAAUCUACUCUUAAUGUGUGUACUCAAAAGUAUUUAUAGUAAUAUUUGUACUUCUGCAGUAUUUUAUCCAGGGUAAACUAUUCGUAUUACUGUUUAUACUGUAGUUCUGUCAUCAAUAUAUUUCUUAUCCGACACAUAGAGUAAGGUUAAUUAUUGCAGUAAUUACUGUGAAACAGUUGUCUGGAUGCUUACUCUGCUGCUAUCACAACUUUACUCAAAUGUGAAUACUGUGUUCUAAUGUUUUAAAGGAAGUACUAUUUGUUUGUGAGAAAAGAAUACUCAGGUAACACUUGAGUUUAAGAUAUCUGUUUUAUACAAAAAAUAUAUAUAUUUUUGUCAAUUGUUCUUAAAUUUAUUUGCUGAAAUGAAUUUGAAAUUUAGUAGUUGGUAUGCUGUUCUAAUAGCUCGGGAAAACUUUCAAAUUACAUAUAGCAAAGUGGAGUCCUAAUGACUGCAAUUUUCUUUUCAAGUCAUACCAAGACCAAAAAUAUAGAACUGCGAUUAUUUCUAUUUCACAUCUCCUCCUGAUGAUAAGAGUGUAUAUGAAAAAUGAAAGAAACAUACUCCUUCUAACUGGAAUGCUGUAUGUCUUCAUGUAAUCUCUUGCUCAUACUAUGUAAUUGCAUUGGAACACAUAGCUGAAGUUGUAAGGGUGAAUUGUGUGGCCUGGUUGUACUAUAUUGAUGGAAAUGAAAUCUGAUGUGCUAAAUCACAUGUCAAUGACACAUUAAGCAAACUGCAAAAAAUUGCAAACAUAAAUUAGUACAGUUACUGUGACUGUAUUCAAAAUAUUGAUUGCAUGGUUAAAAUAUUUCCACAUUAUUUGUGCAAGCACUUCAAGUAGUAUUAGCAAAAUUGUCAUCAAUUCUGUUUGUUCACAGAUAAAUAUUUACAAUAUAUGUUACACAGAGCAUAUUAUUCAAUUAAUAAACAUGAAGAUGAUCUUCAAAUUCUACAUGAUAUAUGUGGUGUUGAUAUAACAUUUAUUGUAUGUUAAAUGCAUGUUCAGAGUAAAUAUGUAUGUUAAAGCUACUAUAUAUCCUCACAACUAAUUUCAGCAAAUAAUAAUACACUGUGUAUUUUGCAUGUUCUUGAUGUUUGAUGUUGUAAUUAUUUAUUGUCCAUAAUGACAUUAGUGACUAUAUGUCUUUGAGCAUUUGCAGCCAAGUAGAUGAAAUACAAAUUUAUUGCAGGUCAAUAAAACAUUCCUAUCAAAAAUGCAUUAUGCUACGUUCACUUAAGAAAGAUAAAAAUAUUUUGUGACCAAUAUAAUGUACCUAAAUCAAUAUUUUUCUCAGUGUUCAUGUGUGCUAUUGACGAAUAUCCUCAAAAAUAGAAGUGAAUCAGAAGAGAAACAACCAGUGUGUGAAAUUAAAAAGGUUUCUCUGAUUGAUUUUUCUGUAAAACUUUUUAUGUUUCUUAUACAUUGGUACCUUUAUUCUCAAAGUUCCUUUUUUAUUUCAUGACAUUUGUAAUGCAUUUCUAUACAAUAUUUGAAAAGAUUAUGUUCACUGUGUCAUGAAAAGCAGUAACAUCUGUCCAUUGGCUAAGUUACUUUCCUAUCACCAUGAUAAAAAUUGAACUCUAUGUGUGGAUAGAUUUACAGUUCUCUGUAGAAACAUGACAGAAGUGCAACUUGCAAUACAUGAAUAGCAAAACAUGAGAUACAUCACUUUUGAUGAAUCACUACACAUUAGUGAGUAUCUACAUUUUAAUGUGAUUGUAUUGUUGCAGUCUAUUGUAACACUUCUCUGUUCCACAUGUUAUAAAUGUGUGACUGUAGAUGCAAAGACUGUCAUGUAUUUCUAACCAGUAUUAUAUAUUCUGUAAGAAAUGGUAAACUUCAAACAAAAUUAAAAUAAAGUGAUAAAUAAAUAUAUGUUCAUUAAAAUCUGUCACAGCAGAAACAUACUUAAUUUUCAGUUGUGAAUUAGUUGCAGUUGCUAAAAUUUAAGAUUUUCAUACCAGAAUACUUCAUGCACCACUUGCUGCUUCAUCUGCAAAAACAAAAAGUGACACUUUCAGAAAUGUUUCUUGCUUUCUUCACUGUACUGUUUCAUUACCAAAUUUUAAAAUAUGUGGUAUAAUUUAAAUUAUGUAAUGUAAGCAUUAAGAUAAAAGUUCACCUUAUAUAUUUUCCUAUGUCUGCCUCCAGAUAUUUUAAAUAUGUUGAUUUUGAGCACAUUACAUUUUUCUCUCUGUCAGGAAAGCCAGUUCCAUUGAUUGGCGUAUUGGUCCAUAAUUUCUAUGAGUACAAAAAUUACAUGAAGUUGUCCAUUUCAAUCAAUACUUUUAAAUGGUAAGUGUAGUUCAUUUUCCACAAAUGCAAAAUGUAUCAGUGAAAGACUGUUAAUAGAAAAACAAAAAAAAGUACUUCAGAAUUUCAGGUUCUUCAUGUGUAAACAUGGUUAUUUUUUGUAGAUUGAUUACCACAAUUCUGACUGUUUCUCAAUCAAAUAUCAGCUCUUCCCAUUAAGUAUUCAAACAUCUCAUGAGAAUCAGUUACAUAUAACUAGCAAGCCCAUUAUAAAUAUUUUGAGAUAAAUUAGAGUAAUCCUUAAA